AUGUCGAUCCAAGUACCACUCUUCUCAAAGUCGUUAUCCCAAAUCCAGCGACCAUUGCCUCCUUCAGAUCCACCAACCAGUCAAGACAUUGUACAUGCAAUUGUCCUCCUUGAGAAGGCGAAGGAGUUUUUAGCCCCCCCUCAUUCAAGAGAAAACUGUGCAGGGACUACUGUGUGGCCACUGUUGACGACCUUGCGAAAGCGCAGCUGUAUCUACACAAGAAAGCUGGACCAGAUGAAUGAAACACUGGUUCGGGUGAUGGAUAAUUCCAGGAUUCACCCUCUGGAGCAACGACUUGACUCUGAUUCCCAAUUGUACCACCAGAUUCCGAUCUCGUGGGACUUUGGAGCUCAAGACCCGGAGCACUUUGAAUUGCCGCCUUUACGCACGAACAACGACUUCACGAACCUUACCGAUUAUCAAUUGGACGAUUAUUACUACAGAAUUGACAUCGAUGACCAAAGUACUAGGGAGACGAAAAUCCAUUGCCUCCGAUACUACAUUAUUUUUCGAUUGACAUCGAACCGAACAAAUUUUACUCGAGUGUUGAACAUUUCAACUUGCUUAGUACUCACUUCUAUGGACGGCAACGAAACAGGACUAUUUGAGAUCAACUUUGCUCUGCACGCCGAAAUUGUGUUAUCCUUCGACUUUGAAAAGGAAUGCUUUCGAUCCUUGUCGUCUUUGACGAAGCACGCCGCCUCGCCGUCGACGGUCGCUAUGGAAGGAGUGAACGAGGAAAAUGUCGGGGUCGUAUUCUGGGGGACACGAGUCAGUGACGAGAAGAAGCUGGAAGUCGCAUAUGUGGAAUGA